CAAACAAUGGUCGGAUUAUGUACUGAACAUGCCUGUUGAGGCACGCGAACGAUACGAGACAAAGCUGAAGUAUCGGCAGGGCACUUGCUCUUUGCCUGACCCGUAUUGUUUGCGAAACGGCUGGGUGGAUGAUCCGACAACAUGGCCAGGCAUUUCUUUCACGGAUAUAUAUUUCUAUCUGAUAGACACACCAGGUCAGUUCACCCACGAAUCUAUGAGGGCCUUCAAGUCACUGAAAGCAUAUGAAUAUGUGGAAAGUGGACACGUUUAUCCCAUACAGUACCACAAAGUCGAUGAUAAGUCACCUCUGUGUUUGAUGAGAACAAAGGUUAUUCCUUCUCAGCGCCUACGUGAGAAACCACACCAGCCAUGGGUCUGCAUCGACAAGGCAGAUGGAACAGUGUACUGUGCACAUUGCACAUGUAUGGCAGGACUAGGGGAGGUUUGCAGUCACAUAGCAGCACUGCUGUUUAAGGUGGAUAUGGCAGUGCGAGCUGGACUUACAUCAAAGGCAUGCACAAGUGAUGCCUGCAAGUGGAAUUCUGCUUAUAGAAAAGAGCUUCAUCCAGUCCCGAUAUGUGAGGUACAGUCUCUUUUUGGACGGAAAAAAACAGUGGAGACUGUGUCAGCUAAUGGUCGAGCACCACUUCCUGAUAUAGAAACCCUACGGUCACUGAAAGCUGUCUGCCCUGAUGCCGUGUUUUUCAAGACCAUACCCCCACUGGAUGAAGAAGAAACAGACAGUGCGGAUGAACAUGAGGAUAUGCAGUCAUUCCCACCUUCACUUACAAGUCUAAAAUGUAAUCCUGAUGACUUGAAAAAUGAAGACAAAUUGGUUUGCCUUUGUAAAGAAAAAUGGAACCAGUAUCACUGUGAGCCUGACCAAAUACAAAAUCUGGAAGAAGUUACUAGAAAUCAAUCAAUUAGUCCGUUGUGGUAUGAACACAGGAAAGGCCGCAUCACAGGGACUAAAGCUCAUGCCGUCCUGGUUAUGAAAGACACCACGGAUCCCACCAACACGGUCAACAGUAUUAUGGGAUAUAACACCAAAGACCUUACUAAAAUUAAUUGAUUUUUGUGCCAAGAUAGUGUCCAAAUGUGAAAAUUUCUUUUUUAAACAUGUUCUUCCCGAACUCGUUUCUCGCAGAAUUGAGAAUUCCAGGCCAAAUAUGGAUUGUGACACUAAUACAGAGGAAGUUGUUUGGUGAAC